UACUCCUCCCAUACGACUUCCUGCCUUUAGUUAAGAUAUGCACAAUUUUAUAUUACACGAAUGUGUUAGCUAGCUUUCGUAAAAUGAAAAGCAAUUUGCAAGACAUUUAGGGAAACACACAGCAUUUUUUAAAUGGAACGGUUCCUGAAAUAGCCAGUGCCUUUUGUUCAUGCGCUGUGGAGUGAUAACGUUAGUUUAGCUACCUAGGUCGCCAGCUAACACAGGCUCGCUCGCUAGCUAGCUUUUUCCAAUGGACAAGCCUGUUAAACCGCUUUCUAGCUAGCCAAUAGAAGCCUAAUUAUAUGUAAUUUAGGGGAAGAUUUUUUUUCUAAAAGAAAUUACAAGGCACUUCUUGCAGUGAUGGAUGAAGUUGAUAAGAUUUUAAUUCACUCGCUUAGACAGACUGGCACGGACGUGGGGAAGGAUGUGCAGAGUGUGAAGCACUUCACCAGUGAGCUGAUAGUGGAGGCGGUGGUGAGAUGUCUGCGAGUGAUCGACCCGGCCCUGGGAAGCGGACUGUGCCCCUCCUUACCCCCAGGCAUGUCUGCCCGCUUCCGUGUGGGCAUGAGCCUGGCACAGGCCUGUCAGGACCUUGGCUACAAGGGAGAGAUUGGCUACCAGACCUUUCUGUACAGCAAUGAGCCAGAGAUCCGCUCCCUGCUCAUGUUCCUAGUGGAGAAGCUACCCAGAGAAAGUGCUGAGGCCUCGGACCAACCAGCAGGUAAAUCGGCCCUCCUCCAGAAAUCCAUAGCUGCCCAGAUUAAAGCUCAGCUGGCCUUGCCCUGGCUCUCUCCAUCCUGCAGACUACCCCUCCUCUGUAAAACACAGAACCCAGGACCGUCCCACAGUUUCCACUCUCAAACCCUUAGUUUACCCCACUGCCUCAAAGUGCCUGGGAAAAAGCAAUUGAAAGAGGAAAAUGACUACCACAGGGACUUCCUUCCCCCUGUAACUGCCCAGCCGUCGCAGCAUGCCUCCGUGCCGGCCUCCCUGCUGGAGCAGCAUGCAGGGGAGCUCAGUGCCGCCCAGGAGUGGGAGAACGAGUGGAACAGCCAAGGCCUCCUUUCCCGCCUCACACCCGAGGAAUAUCGCUCCAGGAAGCGUGCUCGUCUGCAGAAGCGGAUCGAAGAGCAGCUGCGCACUGUGGCCCAGACCCGCCAGGACACCCUCGGUGCCCACAGGUCGGGCUCUGACCUCACAGAGCUGCUGCAGUCCUUCGGGGGCUCUCCCCUCAUUGGUGACAUCCUCGCCAAGGGCACCCGCUUCACCCACACUGAAAAAUUUACUUUUACAGAGGAGCCUGAGAAAGCUGCCAAGCAGAUGGCAGCAGCGGCCAACUCCCUCCCCAGCUCACAUCAGUCGGAGGAGGAUCUGCAGGCCCGACAGCAGGAGGAGCUGGCCUCCCUGCAGCUGCAGCUACAGCAGCUCUCCCUCAGCCUAGAGGAGGUGGGCGGAGACAUGAGGCAGCUAACUGUGUCUAUACAUCAGGUGUCAGAUGAGCUGAAGCAGAAAGAGCUGAGCAACACGGAGGAGGAGGACUCUGUGCGGGUAAAGAAGCAGACCAUAUACCUGCUGCCGGACGGGGAGAACAACCUGGCCAAGCUGCAGGCCCUAGUGGAGGGAAGUGCCGAGCGAGUGGUCAACCUGGCCGCCCAGUGGGAGAAACACAGAGCUCCACUUAUCGAUGAGCACCGCAGGCUCAAGGAGCUCUGCAGCAACCAAGAGAUGGAGUCCUCCCGAAAGCUAUCUGAAAUCAAAGAGCUUCAUGAAAAAAUCAGUCAAUCUGCGGAGGAGGCCAAGAAGAAGGAGGAACUGUAUAAACAACUGAUAACAGAGUUUGAGAAUCUCCCCAAAGAUAUCUCCCGCUCAGCGUACACUGCCAGGAUCCUGGAGAUCGUUGGCAACAUCCGGAAACAGAAGGAAGAAAUUACAAAGAUUCUGUCUGACACUAAGGAGCUGCAAAAAGAGAUUAACAGCCUGACUGGAAAACUGGACCGAACGUUCGCUGUGACUGAUGAGCUGGUCUUCAAGGAUGCGAAAAAAGACGAAUCUGUCCGCAAAUCCUACAAGUACCUGGCAGCCUUGCAUGAGAACUGCACUCAGUUGAUCCAAACUAUUGAGGACACUGGCACAAUCAUGAGAGAGAUCAGAGACCUGGAGGAACAGAUUGACACAGAGAAUGGUAAAAAGACUGUAAGCAACCUGGAGAAGAUCCUGGAGGACUACAAAGCCAUUCGCCAGGAGAACUCUGCUCUGGCUGCCAAGAUCAGAGAGGCCUGACGUGACCCUCCUCAGCAUGAUGCACCGUAGUGGCUGCCUGACUCGUCUGCUGGUCAAACUGACCGGUAGGUAGCAUGCCCUCGAGACUGCCUGUCCUGUGUGUGUGUGUGGAACCAAGAAAGCACACUCUCGUCUCAAGACUUUCAACGCUUUCCUUCCUCCAAUGUCACUUUUGGUUUUGCCUUCUGGGAGCACUGACAGCAUAUGGGGAGCGGAGAUUAAAUUUUGUACUGAAAAUACUUAAUUUUUUAUGCACAAACCUUGGCUGAUCAAAAUCCAUGCAGGAUAUAGAAAAGAGUUGUGUGAUGCAUAAAACAGUGAUGAAUUAAUUAUACUUGCCUUGCAUCCCUGGUGUCCCAUACUGGUUCCAUAUCGAUUCCACACAAUCAAAAAAUAGGUUCUGCACAAAUGAUGCUCUCAUACUUUCUAGUAGAAAUAUGUAGUAGAUAUUAUUAUAUUAGAUAUCUCAAUUGCAGUAGUUCUGAUUGAUCCAUCAAGUGAAUGUCUUGUUGGUCGAGGUACAAUUACACAAGCACUGAUUUACAUCUCUAUGAAUUUGAGUACAUCAAUCAUUACCUACAUUCUUAGACCAGUCAUUGGAAAUGAAUGAUUGAUUUAGAACUCACGAGGUUGUUUGAAUGUCAUCCAGUCCUAGACUAGCAAACCUAGUGAUUGUAAGUGAUUCUGCUGAAUCUGGUGAGGUUAGUGUGCUUUGAAAAUGUCAGGUCUAUGUUCCCUCAAAGUGCACCAUGUUUCAGAAGUAACAUGCACCAUCACAAUUCCCCUGAGUAAUGGUUGCUGUACAAAUGACCAGCUUUAAGCUUUUUUUUUUUUACUGUACAAUACUUCCAAGUAAUCUUGAAAUGCAAUGCAGUUCCAUGUGUUAAGAUGAAUUUCUUCAUUCCCCCCCAUUCCACAGACAAAUGCAAGGGCUAGGUAUGGCCUAAGAUACCGUUGAAUUGUGCAAAGAAAUCCAUGCCAUAUUUUGUCUUACAAACUGGAAUCGACAAAGAGAUUACUAGGUUUGUCCUUUCUAGGUCAUGCUCAUGCCUUGAAAUCAAAUGCUGCUUUUGUCUCUCUUUUGCUGAGUAUUAUUUGGCUUAGGGUAAAUUGCCUCACCUUUUGGGCAUUGAUCUCCUGAAAUGGCCAAGAUUAGAUAACACAUAAACUACAUUGAUUGACAAUGAUUCAUGCAAAACUUGUAUAAAAAUGAUACAACAAUGUUAGUCAGCAGCAAAUUAACAUUUAAAUGAAUGUCCUGUGCUAUGUUGUGUUUUCUUUCACACGUUAAGGUUUAGUUAAUGCUGAAAUGUUUUUUGCAUCACGUUCAUAUUCUGGCCUUUUUUUCCAUGAUCAUGUGGGAAUGCCUGUUGUACUGGCUCUUUAGCCCUGUUUAUACCUUGUGCCAACAUGUGUCCUUUGUCCUGAUCUUGUCAACGUUCUAAUUGUGCCACAUUUUUGGCGGGUGUAGAUGAUUAAAAGACACAUUGUGAUCUCUUUGAUCAGAUCUUCCUAAUCACCUCGGGAGGUGGUCAGGCACGCAUUGGCUGUGUUCACACAGGCAGUCAAAUUCUGAUCUUUUACCCAUUUAUUAACAAAAGAGCUUAUCUGAUUGGUCAAAAUGCCAAUUAGGGAAAAAAGUAUUAUGCUGCCUGUGUAAGCACCGCCAUUGUGUCUGGAUAUCAGUCAAGUGUUAACAGAUCUUGAUGUUUAAACUAAAUCAUCAUACUGGUCUCUAAGAUCAUUGACACUGAGCACCAUUGACUUAUGGCAUCAGCAAUUGUCUUAAAAUAAACCUUCAUAUUGUUUUGAAAGAAUAUCUGUCAAAAAUGUGCAUGCAGGGAGACUCCAGCUAAUCUGUUCAUAAUGUGGACUGUGGCUGGGUAGAUGCAUCACCUGGAUCAGAUCACAAAACUCACAUAAUUCAUGUAAACAAGGCUUCUUGUUUUUGGAACAUUUGCAUCAGGCACAAAUAUCCAUUAUCAAUCAUUAGUAUAUCCACACAUGUACCUCUCUCGGAUCCAUCAUGCUGCUAUUUUCAAGAAUGUACUUGCAAUAUUGAGUUGCAUGUAUUAAUAUAUUUUAAAUAUUUUAAUAUAAAUUGAUGUGUUCCAAACUGUAGUCAUGCAGUUACAAUUGACACACGACAUUGCUUGGACAUGGUUGAUCUCGUAAUAUUCACUAGAUGGGCUACCAACCGUACAAUGUGUAACUUGUUACUGCGGGAAACCCCUUGCUGAAUCCAUUGGCGUCUAAUAACGCACAUUUUUGCCAAACUUUUUCACCACAAACAAUUUGAUUAAAAUAUGAUUAUUAGAAUAAAACCAAAAUUUAAUGAAAUUAUGGUUCCCAGGUUUUAUAAAUAUUUCAUCCAUGAAAUAAAACAUGAGAUGCUUCUGCCAGCUGGAAGCUUAGAUCAGUCACGUAGCAGGCGUAGGUCGAACUGUGUGUGCAUGGAAACACGUUUUGGGAAGACUGCAUUCUUUCACACCAUAAUAGGCUGAACGUGAAAUCAGUCAUCGUCUCACCACUCGUGAUUCGAUGAUAACGUUGAUACCACAGAGGAAGAGGCGAAGCGAGAGAGCUGACUCCGCCCCAUAAUCUGUCCGGCAAUGGGAGUGUCGAAUAUGCACUGGAUUUUACUUGUGCAUCAGACUCAGUGGCUAUUCACUGCAUAUUUUUUUGGGUGAGAUAACGUUCUAAAGAUACUCUGAUAAAUGCCAAGUACUAAUGUCCUGUCAAAAAAUAAGAA